AUGAUCUUCAGGAUUAAUAGAACUCACGUUCCAGAACCAAAAAAAAAAAAGAAAAAACUGAAUGUGGUGAGAGAGGAUAGGAUUAGUAAACUGCCUGAUCCAUUACUUCAUCAUAUACUCUCCUUUCUUCCAACCGAAUGCGCUGUUUCCACUACUGUUUUAUCCAAAAGAUGGAAGAAUGUCUGGAUAUCUGUUCCUGUUCUUGAUUUUCGCAACUGGAACCAUGAAGAUGGAUAUGAAUAUUCUGAUGAUGAAGAUGGAUAUGAAUAUUGUGACGAGGAAGAUGGAUAUGAUUAUCAUGAUGACAAACAAACCACUAAGUUCAUGGAUUAUGUGGAUAGGGUAUUGGUUCAGCGCAAUAUGUUAAACAUAAACAAGUUUUGUCUCAAUUGUGAGAAUGAGUACUUCGAUCUUAAGCGGGUGAAUGCAUGGAUUACUACGGCAGGUAAAUGUCAAGUCAAAGAGUUCAUUUUUUCCUGGCGUAACUCACACCCAAGCAAUGACGAGGUGAUGCCUGAUUCCCUUUUCACUUGUCAAUCACUAACUACGUUAGACUUUCAGUUUCCAGAACUAGGUGUACUGAAGAUUCUUCGCCUUACGAAUGUUGCAUAUGAGGAUCAGAAAUCGGCAGGAAAACUCUUUUCUAGUUGUCCAGUACUUGAAGAAUUGUGUUUGACCGAUUGUGGUUGGGAGAAUGUUCAGUUCAUACGUAUUUCAGCUCCUAGAUUGAAGUCCUUCACUCUAAAUGGUUGUUUGGGAAGUUAUAUGGAAAGUGCCAGAGUCAAGAUUGAUGCACCAAAUCUAUUGUCCUUCACUUUCUGUGAUUGGCUACCAGAAGAUUUUGUUGUGGACAGUUUUCCAUUGCUACAAGAUGCAUUUUUAUACUACAACUAUGGCGACAUAGAAAGCAGAUUUCUUCCUUAAUCCAAGUUUGUAAUGAAGCUCUGCAAUGUAAAGGUCUUGAAAAUAUCAGGUGCUUACUUUAAGAUUCUCAAUCUCGCAAGCGCUCUAUCUACUGGUUUCCCCACUUUUCAUAAUUUAAUCCGUUUAAAAGUGUAUGAUAUUCAUUCUCUGCUGCAAUUGAAAACAUUCGUCAACUUUCUAGAGUUCUUGCCAAAUCUGGAAGCACUCGUCAUCAAAAAGGAGAAAUUUAACGGCGAAGUCAACGAGAGCACUUUGUCAUUUAACAAAGUGCCUAGCUGUUUGGAAUGCCUGAAGUCAAUCGAAAUUAAGAAUGUCAAGGGGUACCCCAAGGAGCUGGAGUUGGAGCUGGUUAAAUUUGUUCUGAAGCAUGCAAAAGUUCUUCAAAUGGUCAUUAUGAAAAUUUCAUAUCCUAAGGAAGAUUCUUGGGAAUUUCGCAAACGUAAAGCUCUGAAUAAGAAUAUCAUGAUGCAGUUACAGACAUCUCCAUGGGCUUCACCAGGUUGUGUCAUUAAGUUUUCAAGCAUCAUUAAGAAACAGUAUAAUAAUUUAUGGCAGUAAGCCAAGCUUUUUUGCUGGCAAAAAAGUUGGAAUUUUUUUAGUUCAGGUUCUUUAGGGUGGACACGAGCAGGAGACAAUUAUCAGAGCGCACCUUUUUUUUUUCCUUCUGAAUUUUGAACAGCUAUUGCCUUUUAGCGGAUAAUUUCUUAACUCAAUGCAGCUGCAGAGGUAAACAAGUAAUUGUUUGCUUGUGAUAGAUUAUAAUUUUUGAAUUAUGUCAACUCUUUUAUUUAUUUUUCUUUUGUAAACCGGUAAAUGGUUAUAUAUCACGGGAGUUUGUAUCUCA